AUGAAGUUGCUCCUGUCUCUGCAGCUGCUCGCCGUAGCGGUCUCUGCCCUCACUCUGAGGGCACCCGCCGUCGCCGACGAUCUCAAGGCACUCGUAUCACCAUCGACCUCGGUGACCGUUGACCUUCGAGCGAGAUGGAGUAUGUUCAACGCGCCGACUCCGGCCAUCGUGGUGAACGUGACCACAGAGAAGGACGUUGCCACCGUUGUCAAGUACUGCGCGAAGCGCAGCAUCCCCUUCACCGCUCAGAAUGGCGGUAACGGUUGGGGAAAGACGUUCAAUCUUGGCAAGAAUGGCGUUCUCAUCAAUCUCGCUGGUCUGAACGCCGUGACUUUCAGCAAGAGCAAGACAGAGGCAACCAUCGGCGGUGGCGCGAUCAUCAGUGAAGCGAUCCAGGCGGCCGAUGCUGCCGGUGUUUUGGUCCAGACCGGCAACUGCAAUUGUGUGGGUGCCCUCGGUGCCAUCCUUGGCGGUGGCUAUGGGAAUCUCAUGGGUGAAGUUGGCUUCGGAGUCGACAACGCACUCUCGCUGCGCGUCGUGGUGGCAAGCGGAGAUAUCCUUACUGUCUCGCCUACCUCCCGCCCAGACCUUUUUUGGGCUCUUCGAGGUGCUGGGCCCAACUUUGGUAUCGUCACAUCAGCCACAGUCAAAGCCUGGCCCACGUCAACCCAAGACCGCACCGCAUGGAUCAUGAACCUGUUCUUCGCGCCCGAAAAGCUCCAGCAAGUCGCGCAGGCAAUCCAAGACCUGCCGCUGAAGCCCGAGCAGGUUGUCUAUCUUGUCCUCACAAACUCCGGGCCUCCGUCCAACGCACCCGCCGUUCUCGUCACCGGCUUCCUUAGAAAGGGGACCGAAGAGGCCGGCCGCGCCGCCUUCGCCCCGCUGUACGCGCUCGGCCCGAUCUCCAACAGCAGCAGCGUGGCCGCAUACGAUGCCUGGAACGCAGCGAACGACAACUUUUGCACGCGCGGUGACCGAAAGCCUGCGUUUAGCACGACCAUCAAUCAUAUGAAGCCCGAGACCUGGCCGGCGAUCUGGAACUUAUAUACAGAGUUCCAGGCGAAGGGGCCGAACUCGGCUGUCCUCAUCGAACGGUACAAUCUGACGAAGGCCCAGAGCGCCCCCAAGGGGUCAGCAGCUCUGCAGGAGGCAUUGAGGAGGGACGCUUUCGCACAGGCUAUCGUCAUCCCGUGGUACACGGACGCUGCGUUGGAUGCAGAGGCGCAGGAUUUCGGGAGCAAAGUAAGGGACAUCUGGAGUUACUCUUCGCCGGCGACAAAGAAUCCGACGUAUGUCAACUUUGCUCAUGGCGAUGAGACAGCCGAAGCAAUUUAUGGGUCGAGUCUGUCAAGAUUGAGAGAGCUAAAGAAAAAGUGGGAUCCUUCAGGCGCGUUUGAUCAAUGGUUUCAAGUUGGGAAAUAG